GCCGUGCUGGGCCAUAGGCUGUGGUAGACAUGCAUUUACCUAUAUCCGGGUAAGGGAGGAAAGGAAAAAAAGUUCUUUCAUUUAACCCUGAACAAAAACUUUCAAUUUGAAAUCACACCGCAGCGGCAGGCACAGGCAGUGAGACAUUACCAGUUUUUUUUCUUCUUUUGUUUUAUGUCUCAGCUAGAACUUUACGAUUUGCAGAGGUUGCGGUUUUAUUUCAGUAUCAAUUUUUGGUUUUGCUUCUGCUUGCAUGAAUGAUAACUGAAAACAUAUUGAAAUGAAAUGUCAGUGCAAGUAGCGGCAGCUCCUGCGACUUCAAACAAUAAAAGCGCGAGUUUAUCAAGCAGUUUGAGUCGGGAUUUAGACACUGUGAAUUCGGGAAAAGCACCGAGAUCUGGAUCAAUGCUGUUGGGAUUUGGAGAUGGGACUGGCACUAAUAUAGAUCACCAUUACCAUGAAAUGAGCACGACCAAUACAACUGCUGCUGCUUCUACAAAUACAAACUCAGACCCGAGAGAGAAAGCAGGUGGGAAUAAUCAUCAUAAUAACAAUAGUAAUAAUAAUAAUCAUAACAACAAUAAUCACCGUCACCCAGCUCUGACUGCUGCUGCUGCUUCGAGUAUGGAGACGGGUUUGAUAGCGAAUCAUACACUGAAACAUGUUGGUGUCGGAGAUCCCCCUCGUCCGGCUCACCGCCAUAUACCAGCACCGCCGCCGCAGCAAUUUAAUCAAAUUCAGAAUAGCAGCAGCCAGGCACAGGCACAAGCCGAACCGGAGAACCAGCAGCAUCGAGGGAAAGACAAUCUUCUCAGAAGUCAGCUAGCGCAGCAGCAGCAGCAGCAAAUGCUGAAUAAAAGUGAGGAGGAAGCGGAGGAGCUGCCCUGCAAACCGGCGGAUGAGAUGGGCAGCAAGUACGAGCACGCCAGCUUGGGACCCCCGAACAACAUAAACAACCAACAAAGUACUAAUGCAGGGAACAGCACUGGUUCAGAGUGUCAUCUUUAUUAUGGCAAUGUGAGAGGGGGGCCUCGCUUUGAUCAACAUGGCGGACAACAAAGCACUGGGAUGGGGAUGAUGCAUCCUUCAGCUCACAACAGCAUGGAUCCCUCGCAAAACUCCCACGAAGGGUACCAGAGCAGCCAGUACAAUCACUACCCGAACUACGGCCCGGGCUACGGCACGCUGAGCUCUCCGAGACAGGGCAAUAGCAUGGGCCCGGGCAGUAAUACUAUUGCUGCUGCUGCCAGUCAUCAUGGCAAAGCGACUACUAUGGCAGCUACUGCUCAUAGUAAUGUCGGGGGGUUUCACAGAUUUGCAGGACAAAGCCAGCACCGUUCAGGGGCGACCCCGACGCUGAACCAGCUCCUGACAGCCCCCAGCCCAAUGAUGAGGGGCUAUGGCACUAGCUAUCCAGAUUAUAACAGCCCUAGCACACACCUUCAUCAUCACCAUCAGCAGCAGCAGCCACCUGGACUGGGCAUGGGCAGAGACAUGAGUGCACAGUAUGGGUCUGCAGCCCCGGGCUGGGGAGUACAAAGAACGCACCCAGCGAUGAGCCCAGGGAACACCAUGAGUAGAGCCCAGACCAGUGCAAUGGAUCCAAUGGUGGUGAAGCGAACACAGCUGUAUGGGAUGAACAGCAACCCCUAUUCACAGCAGCAGGGCGGGUCCUAUCCAGGCCAGCAAUACAUAUCCCCCCCCCACAGAUACCCAAUGGGAAUGCAUACCGGGAACCAGGAAGGAAUGGGCGGAAUGCAGUACCCACAACAACAGAUGCCUCCUCAGUAUAGUCAGCAAGGCCUGCAGUUGUACUACAGCCCCCCACAGCAGCCAGCGGCACUGGCACAGCCAGCACACAUGCAGCAGAAGCUCCCGCCCCAGCAGGGUGUUUCUCAUGAAGGCUAUGGGAACAGAAGCCAGCUCUCCAUGACUCUAGGAAAGCCAAACCACGUGGACAGGAGUCUAGUACAGCAAGAGAAACCGUCCAGGAGUCUAGUACAGCAGGAGAGACCAUCCAGGAGUCUAGUACAGCAGGAGAGACCGUCCAGGAGUCUAGCACAGCAGGAUAGACCAUCCAGGAGUCUAGUACAGCAGGAGAGACCGUCCAGGAGUCUAGUAAAGCAGGAGAGACCGUCCAGGAGUCUAGUACAGCAGGAGAGACCGUCCAGGAGUCUAGUACAGCAGGAGAGACCGUCCAGGUGUCUAGUACAGCAGGAGAGACCGUCCAGCUUGCCUGACCUGUCUGGUUCCAUCGAUGACUUGCCCACAGGAACCGAAGCCACUCUGAGCUCUGCUGUCAGUACCUCGGGCUCAGAGCAGAGCAACCCGUCGCAGUCUCCCUUCUCUCCCCAUGCCUCCCCUCACCUCUCCAACAUGUGCAGCGGCCCCUCUCCCUCCCCAGUGGGCUCUCCCGUUGGGAGCAACCAGUCCAGGUCUGGUCCCAUCUCUCCUGCGAGUAUUCCAGGCAGCCAGAUGGCCGCUCAGACUUCGGGGCUGCGGUCUGAUCCUGGGUCACACCCUACAAUCAACCAGACCCCAGUGUCUCAGGAGAGAGGUUUCCUGCCUGGCAUGCUGCGGAACCCUCUGAUGUCCCAGCAUGCAACUCAGCCACCUGGACCCUCCAUGUCUCCACACCCUUUGCCUGGAGGCCAGGUGCAUCCUGGGAUGGGUCCAAUGUCCCAGCAUGCAACUCAGCCAUCUGGACCCUCCAUGUCUCCACACCCUUCGCCUGGAGGCCAGGUGCAUCCUGGGAUGGGUCAAAUGUCCCAGCAUGCAACUCAGCAAUCUGGACCCUCCAUGUCCCAACACCCUUUGCCUGGGAUGGGUGCCUACCAGCAGGGUGGCUCCAGUGGCACUUAUGGGCCUCAGAGUGGACACUAUGGACCUCAAGGUAACUAUCCGAGGCCGCCAAAUUAUGGAGGGGCACCAAGUGCCAACUACAGUGGAGCAGGUCCUGGCAUGAGCAACAGCUUGGGUAUGAACGCCAGCAGCCCGAUGCACGGGCAGGGUCCUGGGCAGCCCUGUGGCUCCAUGCCCCUGGGCCGGGGGCCAGCGUCAGGCAUGGCCAGCAGACCGUACCCUGGAAGCAUGAGCAACAUGACUCCCAACUCUCCUAGCAUGCCUCAGCAGGCUGUCCAGGGGAUGGGCCCCCCUCUGCCCUCCAUCAACCGCAAGGCUCAGGAGGCCGCCGCUGCCGUCAUGCAAGCAGCUGCUAGCUCCGCCCACAGCAGGCUGGCAUACGUUAAGUCACCUGUCUACUCCAGCCAGGCUGGGUCCGGGGGACGGGGCAUGUUCAUGCAGCAACACCCAAACUACAGUCAGGCUCCCAUGGUGCACCAGCCAGACCAGUGCAGGCAAAGCAGCUACCCCAGUAUGACUCAAAGUGGCAUGAUGGGCUCAAACUCCUGCUACAGCCAGCCCAUGAACAACAACUCAGGGGCGAUGAACCCACAAGGCCCUGCCUACAACCUGGGCAGCAGCUCUGCAGGUCUCAUGGGUCUGGCAGGGGACAUGAUGAAUGCUGCUGACCCAAAGCUGCCCCUGAAACCAGAGAGUAAAGAGGACAGCAUCCCUUCACUGGAGUCCAAGACCAAGGUAUCCUCCCUUCAGCGUGUGGACAGCAUCCCUUCACUGAAGACCAAGGUAUCCUCCCUUCAGCAUGUGGACAGCAUCCCUUCAUUGGAGACCAAGACCAAGGUAUCCUCCCUUCAGCAUGUGGACAGCAUCCCUUCACUGGAGACCAAGACCAAGGAUAGCCCCAGCUCUCAGGGUAUUUCUCAGCCCCCUACCCCAGGCAGCCUGCCUGUCCCUUCCCCACUGUCCCCCUGCACCGCUAGUAUCUCCUCAUGUCAUGGAGAUGAAAGUGAUUGCAUUAGCAGCCCGGGCUGGCCAAAGACCCCAGCAAGCCCUAAGUCCAUCUCUUCCACCACCACUAACGAGAAGAUCAGCAAGCUGUACGAGAUGGGCAGCGAGCCCGAGCGCGGGGUGUGGGUGGAGCGCUACCUGGGUUUCAUGGAGGAGAGGGGCUCGGCUGUCCUUAACCUGCCAGCUGUGGGGAAGAAGCCCCUGGACCUCUGUCGACUCUACAUGGCAGUUAAAGAAAUCGGUGGCCUGGCCCAGGUUAAUAAAAGUAAGAAAUGGCGAGAGCUCUCCAGCAUCCUCCACAUGGGCACCUCGAGCAGCGCGGCCAGCUCCCUGAAGAAGCACUACAUCCAGUACCUGUUUGCCUUUGAGUGUAAAGUGGAGCGCGGAGAGGAGCCGCCACCCGGAAGCUUCUCUAUGGGACACAAUAAGAAGCAAGCCAGGAUCCAUCCGCCAUCUCCUGCCAAUUCAGGCUCCUUGCAAGGCCCCCAUACCCCACAGUCAACUGGCAGCAGCUCCAUGACUGAAGCUCCAGGAGACCUCCAGCCUCCAGCCCCAGUCUCCGCAGCACAUGGGCAGAUGCCACCCCUGCAGGGUAACAGAAGCAGUGCGGUCAGCGUGCAGGACCCCUUUUCAGAGAUCAGUGACCCUGCAUUCCAGAAGCACAGCACUCCGUACCAGCCUGGGGUGAACACGCCGGAGGGGAUGAUGAGGAUGCACUUUGAAUCCAGUAAGGGUCCUCUUGGUGGGAUGAGAAAAGUGCCUGGAAACAGUGAGCCUUUCAUGAGUCCAGCACAGCUGUCCAGCAGUGGGAUGCAGGACAUGUACAGCCGGCCCCCCUCAGGCGGGAUGUCCAGUCUGGGGAUGGGGCAGAGGCAGCAGUACCCCUAUGGGCCAGGGUAUGACAGGAGACCAGAUCACGGGAUGGGCCCAGAAGGUAGUCUGCGGCCCCCUGGUGGUCAGAGUAAUAUGGUGCCUUCAAACAGUGACCCCAGCAUGUACUCUCCACACCGACACCCUGGCCAGCAAAGACAUGACCCCUACAGGCAGCAGUACUCAGGACAGAGCACUCCCUCCUCACAGCUUCCAUAUGGAUCACAUCAGCCUGCCUUGUUCCCUCAGCAACAGGGCUAUAAACGUCCCAUGGAGGGCAUGUACUGCCCCCCAGCCAAGCGCCACGAAGGGGAAGUCUACAGCAUGCAGUAUGGCAGCCAGCACCCCGACAUGUACAGCCAGUAUGGCAGCAGCUUCUCUGGGCCCGAGCGGCGGCCAAUUCAGGGACAGUAUCCAUACCCUUACAGCCGGGACAGGCUGCAGAUAGCUGGGCAACCCCCCCCACAGCAGCACGGGAUGCUGAGCAGUGCCCUCCAGCACACCUCCAACACUGGCGCGGGCCCCCAGCAAAACACGUGGCCCUCCAGGACUGCUCUGCCUUAUCCCUACACCAACAGACAAGGACCCGGGGGAUCAUCCCAGGGACCCAUCUACCCUGGUAUGGGCAGGGAGGAUGAGAGCGUGGUUCCUGACCAGAGGCUAAACCCAGAGAGCCAAUGGCCAAGUCACAUCAACCAGGGGCAGUCCCCCUACCUGCCCCAUUCCUCCGGCUGCCUGCCCUCCAUGACCUCACGGCCCCCCCAGCCCUCCUAUCAGACUCCUCCCUCUAUGCCAAACCAUAUCUCCGGGGCGCCUAGCCCUGCCUCCUUCCAGCGCUCCCUGGAGUCCCGCGUGUCCCCCAGCAAGUCGCUCUUUCUACCAGCCAUGAAGAUGCAGAAGGUGGGCCACCCCGCCCCCGCGUCCCACGUCAGCAGCCCCGCGGUUCAGCCACCAGUCGACAGGUGUGAGAUAGGCUUUCCCCCUGGCUCUGCGGAGGCAACUCAGCCUGUCCUGAAGCCACGGCGCAGGAUCACCUCCAAGGACACGGCAACCCCAGAGGCAUGGCGUGUGAUGAUGUCUCUAAAAUCCGGUCUCCUGGCUGAAAGCACAUGGGCUCUAGAUACCAUUAACAUCCUUCUGUACGAUGACAGCACGGUCGCCUCGUUUAACCUCCUGCAGUUACCUGGAUUCUUGGAACUCAUGGUUGAGUAUUUCAGAAAAUGCCUGAUUGAAAUAUUCGGCAUCCUAAAGGAAUAUGAAAUUGGUGCUCCAGGCCAGAAGGCUCUUCUUGAACCGGUUUCCAUUAAAAAGGAGAACAUUCAGGUCGAAGCGAUUGAUUGUGGGACAGAGGAGAAUAAAGCAAACUGCAAGGAGGAGCAGGCUCAGGAACCGGAUGAGCCCGAGAGAUCUGAGAUCGACAAGGAAGAGGAGGCAGAGGCAGAGGAACAGGAAGAGAAGAGGGGGGUCGAUACUGGACAGGAGACCUUGGACAAGCCUGAGGAGAAGCCAAAGCAAGCCAGUAAGUUCGACAAGCUGCCCCUGGAGCUGGUGGAUGCAGAGGAUGACUUUGUGGUGGAACGCUCAGAGCAGCUGGGACACGUCCAGGAGUUCAGCAGCGGGCUCCUCCAUUGGAAGAUCGGGGGAGGAGACUCCACUGAACACAUCCAGACCCACUUUGAGAGCAGGGUGGAGGUGGCGAUGAGGGGGCGGCAUGGGGACUCCUGUGCCAACCCAGACAAAGAGCACAAGAAAAACGAGCAAGUGGAAAUGGAGGAAGCAGUGUCAGAAGAGCAAGUGGAGAACAGCAUCACGGCAACCAUCGAUGAUGUGCUGAGUGCCCGCCCUGGAACUCUCACGGAAGGCAAUCUGUUUCCCACCUCCACACACCCUGACCAGCCGCCCUCACACAUUCGUCAAGCCAAGAGCCACAGAAACAUCAAGCUUCUGGAAGAUGAGCACAGGACUCGAGACGAGCUGCCUCUGUCCACCAUCGCCAGCUGGCAGGACUCUCUCACCAAACGCUGCAUCUGCGUGUCCAACAUUGUGCGCAGCUUAUCCUUUGUGCCGGGAAACGAUGCAGAGAUGUCAAAACACUCUGGGCUGGUCCUGAUCUUGGGGAAGAUGGUCCUUCUGCACCAUGAGCAUCCCGAGAGGAAGCGAGCCCCCCAGACCUACGAGACCGGAGAGGUGCAGGACAAGGGACUGGCGUGCAGCAAGGACGAGUGGUGGUGGGACUGCCUGGCAGUCCUGCGGGAGGACAGCUUGGUCACCUUGGCUAACAUUGCUGGGCACCUGGACCUCUCUCUUUACCCACAGAGCAUUUGCCUGCCCAUCUUGGAUGGGCUACUCCAUUGGAUGGUCUGCCCAUCAGCCGAGGCCCAGGACCCCUUCCCCCUGGCAGAGCCGAGCUCAGCCCUCACCCCCCAGAGACUUGCACUGGAGACCCUGUGCAAGCUUAGCGUCCAGGACAGCAAUGUGGACCUCAUCCUGGCGACCGCGCCCUUCAGCCGGCUGGAGAAGCUGUACGCCACCUUGCUUCGUUUUGUAGGAGACCGCAAGAACCAGGUCUACCGGGAAAUGUCCGUAGCCAUUUUAUCUAACCUUGCCCAGGGAGACACAUUGGCAUCACGGGCCAUAGCUGUGCAGAAAGGAAGCAUUGGGAACUUAUUAAGCUUCCUGGAGGAUGGGGUCACCCUGGCACAGUACCAACAGAGCCAGCACAACCACCUCCACAUGGAGCCGCCCAGCAUCAACAUGAUGUGCAGGGCAGCAAAGGCUCUUCUUGCCAUGGCCAGGGUGGAGGAGAAUCGCUCAGAGUUUGUUUUGUUUGAGGGACGGCUGCUUGACAUUUCCAUAUCCUCUGUGCUAAACUCCACAGUGGCCUGCAUCAUUUGUGAAGUACUCUUUCAGAUUGGACGCUUAUGACACCAGUGGGAGGCCAAGCAUGUGUGAAUAGAGACAGAAAAACAGGUCACAUAUAAUUGGCUCUAUAUAUUUUGUAUUUAAACAAAUAAUAAUAAUAAUAAUAAUAAUAAUAAUAAUAAUCAAAGAAGAAGAAGAAUCUUGAUGUGUCUCAUUGGUAUUUCUGAGGGUUCCUCUUAAUUUAUUUUUAGAUUUUUUUUUAAAUGUUUUUUUAUACAGAUGUUUUGUUUUGUUUUCUAAACAUACAUAUUUAAAUUGUGUCAAAAAUUGUACAACUCAGUUCUUGUGUCACUUACAGAAAACAAAUCACUGUUCUGAUUGAGACAAGGAAAUAUAUGCCCCUCCCAAAUUGCUGUGCAACAGGGAAAUUGAUUGUGGGUUUAUUGUUUGGCAAUACACCAAUCUGUGCACCAAGGGGCAGUGUUGCAUGGGGGCCUGGCAGUUAAAAAACAUCUGGAUUUUCUAAAUAAUUCACUUCAAUACUGUCAUAGACACAUCCCGUUUGGACCUCCUCAAUAUGAAGGUCUCAAGGGGUUUCUGAAGUCAUGUUGGGUUUGUUUGUUUUGUAUGGCCUAUGGCUCAUGGUGUGUAGAAGCUGUGCAUUGAGGGCAGCCUCAGUUCUUUUUUGUUAGAAUAUGGCUUUUUCCUCUCUCACCCCCACCCUCCAAAGCUGUGCUUACUACAAAAUGAUGGUAGUUUUUAAUUGUUAUUAUUGUUACUAGAAGUCUAUUAUUCUAUUAUUAUUGUUAUUAUUAUUAUAAAUCUGUUGUUAUUUGGGCCCUUUCUCCUACCGAGGGUCUUGUAUGUAAGAAGUCAAGCUCAAUUGAUCAAGGUGUGGAAGUGAUUAUUUACAAGCAGUUAUUAAAUAAAAUGAAGAUCACAGAUCUCAAAGAUUUCUUCAGCGCUGCAAAUCAGCAUAUUUCUACUUCAGAUAAUGUUGUUUAAAAAUACAACCUUGAUGUAAAUUCUUUCUUUCCCUGUGGCUUAAUGAAUAUCAUUUAUUCAGUAUAACGUUUAUACUAUCUGUUCCACAUGUUCAAAGUAAAUGUAUAUUAAAUCUUGUUACACACCUU